AUGAACGAUCUCGAAAAGCAACGACCGCCGAGCCCCUCGCAUAGCCACCGAACGGAGUACUUGUCCUCCUCACCCCCUCAGUCGAGGCAUUCUCCCACUCACGAACCACGCGACUCCCCGGAGCCUGAAGUGAAGCGCUUUCCAGAAACAGACCUCGCGCGCGGGGUUGUAGGAUGGGACGGACAAGACGACCCUGAGAACCCGCAAAACUUCUCCGGGGGGCAAAAAUGGAGUCUGCUGGCGCUCAUGAGCUCGAUCACUCUCAUCUCGCCUCUUGCGUCUAGCAUGUUCUCUCCUGCUGUGGAAUUUGUGGCUGCUGAUCUAAAGGUCACUGAUCCGACGCUACUGUCCUUUAGUGUAACGGUUUUCUUGUUAGGAUAUACUUUCGGUCCUUUGCUGAUUGCCCCUUUAAGCGAGAUCUACGGCCGGAGAAUCCUUCUUAGCUUUGCCAACUGGUUCUUCGUCGUCUGGCAAAUUGGCUGCGCCCUUGCCCCCAAUAUCGCUUUAUUGAUUGUUUUCCGAUUGUUGGCGGGAAUCGGCGGUGCUGGUUGCAUUACCCUGGGUGCCGGUUUGAUUGUGGACUUGUUCCCGGUCGAGAAGCGCGGAAUGGCCACAUCGAUCUGGAGCAUGGGUCCGCUUAUUGGCCCUGUGGUUGGGCCCAUUUGCGGAGGGUUCAUCGGCCAGCAGAUCGGCUGGCGCUGGAUAUUCUGGAUCUUGUUGAUCGCAAGCGGUGCCUUGUCUUUCGGCAUUGAGUGUUCGAAUCGGGAGACGUACGCUCCCGUCCUGAUAAGAUGGAAAACAGCCAAGUUGGCCAAAGAGCUGGGUCGGACAGACCUGCGCAGCGCUUAUGAACCUGAAGGCGACGAUGUUUCUGCGGCUGAGACUGUGAAGCUGGGUUUGAAGCGACCCAUGCUGAUGUUCUUCAAGUCACCCAUCGUCUUCCUGCUCUCCGUCUACAUGUCUCUCGUCUACGGCCUGCUCUACCUCUUCUUCACCACCAUCCCCGCCGUCUUCACGGCCCAGUACGGCUUCACCACGGGUCUCUCUGGAUUGGCAUAUCUCGGCAUCGGCAUCGGAUUUUUCAUCGGUCUCGCCAUCAUUGCGCUCACGAGCGAUAGGAUUGUGAUGAAGCUAACCGCGCAGAACAGCGGCAGAUUCGAGCCCGAGAUGCGACUGCCCACCAUGAUCUUCUUCUCGUGCUUCCUCCCCGUCAGCUUCUUCUGGUACGGCUGGUCAGCAGCCAAGCAUGUCCACUGGAUCGUGCCGAUCAUCGGCAUGUGUCCGUUCGGCAUCUCCAUGAUGGGCCUUUUCAUGCCCAUCCAGACGUACAUCAUUGACUGCUAUCCCGCGUACGCGGCGUCCGCAAGCGCCGUCCUCACUGCCACGCGUUCGCUGGUAGGCGCGUUGCUCCCGCUCGCUGGACCUGAGAUGUUCAAAUCGCUAGGGCUGGGCUGGGGAAACUCGCUGCUCGGGUUCAUUGCUGUGGCGUUUGUUCCGAUACCUAUCUUCUUCACCGGAUAUGGCAAGGCUGUGCGGGAGAAGUUCCCUGUGGAUUUCAACGGGAAGAAAGGAUGA